GCUACGGUUGAUUGGUUAGCAUACCAGGGGGCCCCUGAUGGGGGAGUGUCAGGUGAAAUGGACAUGCCGACAUGGUGGACUGGAACGAACUGCCGCACAGUUUCCUUUCCUCCGAAAAAGUUCAAAUCACUUCCUACUGUCCUCGUAUCGGCCGAGCAUGAAAGGCGGGGAGUGAAGCAUGAUGCGUCUUCUGUCUGGGUGGAAGAUUUGACGACAACUUCUUUCAAGAUCUGUAUCAGAGAACUGCAGAACUUUGAUGGGGCUCACCAAAGCAUCCAUGUGGAUUGGAUGGCAUUCGAAGAACUUCAUCAACCCUUGUUUAGAGAACAUGGCUCCUUAUACUUUGCCAACGGGAAACAACCAUCCAAAGAAUUUAACUAUGCUUUUUGCGAGGAUGUUGUUUUCAAAAAGCCCUACAACGACUCUCCAGCAAUUUUGGUAUCUGCUAAUCACUCAACAAAUGGAGGAAACCUUAAUCCACUGUAUAACUCCGUAUCAGCCUGGGUUGAGUACAUCAACAAGACUGGCUUCAGAGCAUGCGUGAAGGAGUUAUUUGUGAACCAGCAUGAUCCUCUCUCUGUUUCAUAUGCAGUUAUGCCAGAUGUAUGUGAGCCAGGUUGGAGUUUCUACAAUGGCUCCUGUUUCUACACGAGUGAUACCUGUGAGUCAUGGUCCAACGCCAGUACAAUCUGCAGAAGAAUGGGGGCUAACUUACCCGCUAUUGAAAGUCAGGAAGAGAAUGUCUACAUUCAACACAGACACAAUGGUGAAAAGGCCUGGAUCGGUUUGAAUGACAUUGCUAUCGAGGGAUUAUUCACCUGGGUGGAUGGAUGUCCUGAUAAAUUCCGCUACUGGGCAGAGAGUCAACCAAAUGACUUUCGGGGGGAGGACUGCGUACACACUCUUGGUCCCGGGCACGGUUACAUGUGGAAUGAUGUGGAUUGUACUGCUUGUCAUCAAUAUACAUGCAAAAAGGAUUAUGAUGAAUGCACUAGCAACCCAUGUUUAAACGGAGGUACAUGUGUCAAUGGGAAAAGAAAGUUUAGCUGUAUUUGUCCUGCAACACACAAGGGAGACCAAUGUGAAGAGAUUGAUGAGUGCUCCAGCAGCCCCUGUUUAAAUGGUGGUACUUGUACUGAUGGAGUCAAUAAUUUUACAUGUUCCUGUCCAUCGCCGUAUUUUGGACAUAGAUGUCAAGAAACGGAUGAAUGUCAGUCCAAUCCCUGCCAAAAUGGUGGAACUUGCAUAGACGGUGUAUAUAACUUUACUUGUGUGUGUUCCGGCUAUCAUGCAGGAUCACGAUGUGAAGCACUUGCCACAUCCUGCAAGAGUCACUAUGAAGCGGGAAGGACCUCAAGUGGAACUUAUUACUUAACUAUAUCAGGGUUCACUAUCCAGGUUUAUUGCGACAUGUCGGGAAACUUAGGUGGAUGGACACUCAUUGCUCGGUUUUCAAACGCUGACGGGAAAAAUUGGAUGAGAGAUGACGCUUACUGGUGGUACGAUAUCCAGUCUUCGCAGGGGUCCCCUACAAGCACAUCCAGUAACUAUGACAUGAUAUCAGAAGCAUUCUGGAAGGUGCAGGGAAGCGAGAUUAAAAUCACACGCAGUGACGAUAGUUCAAACUCUGCUCUUCUUCGUACAUAUAAUAACUGCUUUGGUGGAAAAACAUACAGAGGAUUCAUGUCCGCUUAUGGAAAGUUUAGUUACCGUAACGUUUGGUCCAAUGAUCAGUGUCUCGGUAGCUGCUUGAUCUCCAGUUAUGGUGGCAGCUAUUCAUCUACAGUGGGCUUCAGUCAAAUGCACUGCAGCAGCAAUCUUCAAAGUAGUCGUUACUUGGGAUUCUGGUGUGACUGGAGUAGUGGUGAUGGAGCUGUAAUGAUGAUCGGUGGAGGAGGAGAUUAUUGCAAAAGGGCAGAUCAUGGGAUUGCUAUCACAGAAGAGGCUUCUGCGAGGUUCAACGGAUACCCGGGAAACUGCGAUAGAGACUUUGGUGAUGACUGCAACUACUCCAACAGCUACUCCCUCAAUCUGUGGAUUAAGUAGCUAGAUCGUUACGCUCGUAUUUGUAAGAAUCAGAACGGAAUAGUGGUUUAGAGACAACAUUAAUUGAAGAGCUUUUGAAUAGGUUGUUCUUUUAUUAACCCAGACUCGGGAUAAGGAGUUAUCACGAUCGUGAAAUUGGAAUUUGUUAGAAAAGGCGGCACUCUGCAAAAUGUGAUGGACAAGUUAGUCUUAAAAAAUCUAAUUCCCCAUUCACACCAGCAAAAUAUAUUUCGUCAAACCAAGUUUAGCUAAAUGAAAUCAGAAUCAGAGAACUGGAAAACUCAGUGAAUUUUCCAUAGGAUUCAUGUAGUCACAAAUUUUGAAGUCGACUAACAUUGGUUUACGCAGGUUCUAUGAAGAGGACAGUUUAAAACCAUUUUUGACCAAACAGCUUUAAACAUGUUUAAGCGUUAGCGUGAAUGGGGUAAAAGACUUUAACCUUUGUAAUUACCAAGAUUGCUUUGAAGUUAUUUUGAUUUAUAAAGUAGAAUCACUUUUCCGUUAAAAGAAUCUAAUGCAAAUGUGACACCAAAAUGAGCUGAAUAAACUUUUUCCACA